UUAAACUAGUAAAAUGUAUUACAAACAGUUACCUCUAUGUAAAGUAAUUCACUAAAAGUAAUCGACAGUUUCCACUGACUAGAGCGUUAUCACAUCGCUUGGAUAGAAACCAAGAAAAGGACGAGCCAGUAGUAAUGACGAUGCGGUACUGCACUUUAGUUACACUGUUAUACUUGUGGAGAGUUUUCGCGCAACAAUGCGAGGUGGGUCAACAAGCCAUCUUCGGUAUGAUGCUUCAAAGACACACGUUCACAACUAUGAAAGCAUCGAUUGCCGUUAAAUGUAAUCAGGCAUGCCACAAUGAUUUCCGAUGUCACAGCUUCAACUACGUCAUUUCAAAGGAACUGUGUGAACUGAACAAUCGGACAAAGGAGGCCAGACCAGAGAACUUUGUGCCAAAUUCUGAAAGAUAUUAUGUCAAGAGUAUUAAGAAAAGAGUUAUUCCAGGUACUAUUCCUGAAUUUCCAGCGGAAACAUGCAAGGAGAUAAAAGCCAGUGAAGAUGGAAAAGCGACCAGUGGAGAAUACUGGUUUGAUUCCGUUAUAAAGGGAGAAACAGUUCUUAUUCCUUGUGAUAUGGAAACAGAAGAUGCUGACGAAUGUAAAGCUACCAUUCGUGUUUGUGACGAGAAUGCCGACUGUCAAAACACACCAGGAUCUUAUCGUUGUUCUUGCAAAACUGGUUUUUCUGGAGAUGGACAAACUUGCAAAGAUAUCGAUGAAUGCGCCAGCGGUGUACACGGCUGCCACGUUUCAGCUUCAUGUACAAACACCGUAGGAUCCUUUAGUUGUUCCUGUAACCUUCCUUACGUAGGAAACGGAAGAUCUUGCAGUAAUCUUCCAUCAGAAUGCCAAAACUAUCAAAGUUUGACGGAGGGAGACAGAAGAAUAACAUCCGGUAAUGAAAUCACGAUUUGUGACAAAGGGCUUAAUGGCUGGUAUCGUUUUGAAGGGGCAGCAGGUACAAAAAUGCCUACUUCAUCCUAA